UUGGGUGCAAAGCUUUGGACACGAGGGACUUGGAUUAUUACUGGACAUUUUGGAAAAACUAAUUAAUGGGCAAAUCCAAGAAAAAGUGGUGAAGAAGACUCAGCACAAAGUCAUCCAGUGUCUGAGAGCCCUGAUGAACACUCAGUAUGGCUUAGAAAGAAUUAUGAGUGACGAGAGGAGUCUUUCCUUGUUGGCGAAAGCCAUGGAUCCCAAGCAACCCAGUAUGAUGGCAGAUGUGGUGAAGCUUCUUUCUGCAGUGUGCAUUGUCGGGGAGGAAAGCAUCCUUGAAGAAGUGUUAGAGGCCUUGACUUCAGCUGGAGAAGAAAGAAGAAUUGACAGAUUUUUUUCCAUUGUGGAAGGCCUCCGGCAUAAUUCAGUGCAACUGCAAGUAGCUUGUAUGCAGCUCAUAAAUGCCCUUGUUACAUCUCCUGAUGAUUUGGACUUCAGGCUUCACCUCAGAAAUGAAUUUAUGCGUUGUGGAUUGAAAGAGAUAUUGCCAAACUUAAAGGGUAUUAAGAAUGAUGGCCUAGAUAUACAACUUAAAGUCUUUGAUGAGCACAAAGAAGAAGAUUUGAGCGAGUUCUCCCAUCGCUUUGAAGACAUUAGAGCUGAAUUUGAUGAAGCAUCUGAUGUUUACAGCGUGGUAUGGGACACAGUUAAGGAAACUAGAGCAGAGGGACAUUUUGUUUCUAUUCUUCAGCAUCUUCUGCUCAUUCGAAAUGAUCGUUUUAUAAGACAACAAUAUUUCAAAUUAAUUGACGAGUGCGUGUCACAGAUUGUAUUGCAUAGAGAUGGAAUGGACCCCGACUUCACAUACAGAAAAAGACUAGAUUUGGACUUAAGUCAGUUUGUAGAUGUUUGCAUAGAUCAGGCAAAACUAGAAGAGUGGGAAGAGAAAGCAUCAGAACAUUGCAAGAAAUUUGAAAAAGAGUGUACUGACCACCAAGAAACCCAGGCUCAAUUGCAGAAAAAAGAGGCAAAGAUUAAUGAGCUUCAAGCAGAGUUGCAAGCUUUUAAAUCCCAGUUUGGUGCCUUGCCACCUGGUACAAAAAUUCCUUUGCAAACUUCGGCAGAAGGUGAACCUGGCCCUUCAGCCUUUCCUCCUGCCCCACCAGCACUGGGUGCAGGAGUGCCGCCUCCCCCACCGCCCCCACCUCCACCACCUCCACCUCUUCCGGGAAUGGCAAUGCCAUUUGGUGGCCCCGUACCACCACCACCUCCCCUGGGAUUUCUUGGUGGGCAAAGCUCUAUUCCAUUAAACCUGCCAUUUGGGUUGAAACCAAAGAAAGAAUUUAAACCUGAAAUCAGCAUGAGAAGAUUGAAUUGGUUAAAGAUCGGACCAAAUGAAAUGUCUGAGAACUGUUUCUGGAUAAAAGUAAACGAAAAUAAGUAUGAAAAUAGGGAUUUGCUUUGUAAACUUGAGAACACAUUUUGUUGCCUAGAAAAAGAGAAAAGGAAUACAAAUGAUUUUGACGAGAAAAAAGUUAUUAAGAAGAGAAUGAAGGAACUUAAAUUUCUAGAUCCUAAAAUUGCUCAGAACCUUUCAAUCUUCUUGAGCUCCUUCCGGGUGCCUUAUGAGAAAAUCAGGACGAUGAUAUUGGAAGUGGAUGAAGCACAGUUGUCAGAGUCUAUGAUUCAGAACUUAAUGAAGCACCUUCCUGAUGAAGAGCAGUUGAAGUCAUUGUCCCAGUUUAGAAGUGACCGUAGCAGUUUAUGUGAACCUGAGCAGUUUGCCGUCGUGAUGAGCAAUGUGAAGAGACUCCGGCCACGGCUCACUGCUAUUCUCUUUAAGCUUCAAUUUGAAGAGCAGGUGAACAACAUCAAACCUGACAUCAUGGCUGUCAGUGCUGCCUGCGAGGAGAUCAAGAAGAGCAAAAGCUUUAGCAAGUUGCUGGAACUUGUGUUGCUAAUGGGAAACUACAUGAAUGCUGGCUCCCGGAAUGCUCAAACCUUCGGAUUUGACCUUAGCUCUCUCUGUAAACUGAAGGACACAAAAUCGGCAGACCAGAAAACAACACUCCUCCAUUUCCUGGUAGACGUCUGUGAAGAAAAGCAUCCAGACAUCCUUCCCUUCGUGGACGAUUUGGCACAUUUAGACAAAGCUAGUCGAGUCUCUGUAGAAAUGCUGGAAAAGAGCUUGAAGCAGAUGGGAAGGCAGCUUCUACAGCUUGAGAAGAAUUUGGAAACCUUUCCCCCUCCUGAGGACUUGCAUGACAAGUUUGUGAUAAAGAUGUCCAGCUUCAUUAUCACUGCGAAAGAGCACUAUGGAAAACUCUCCACGCUACUGGACAACAUGACACAACUGUACCAGAGUGUGAUGAGCUACUAUGCUGUCGACAUGAAGAAGGUUUCUGUGGAAGAGUUUUUUAAUGACCUGAACAAUUUCAGAACUUCAUUUAUGCAAGUAUUAAAGGAAAACAUCCGAAGAAGAGAAGCAGCAGAAAAGGAGAAACGUGCUAGGAUAGCAAGGGAGCGAGCAGAGAAGGAGCGACUGGAACGCCAGCAAGAGAAAAAGCGCUUGCUAGAAAUGAGAACAGAGGGUGAUGAGACAGGAGUGAUGGAUAGUCUGCUAGAGGCCUUGCAGUCAGGGGCUGCCUUCCGCGACAGAAGAAAAAGGACACCAAAGCUGAAAGAUAUUCGGCAGAGUCUCAGUCCAAUGUCUCAGAGGCCUGUUCUCAAAGUUUGUAACCAUGGUAAUAAACUUUAUUCAUAAAUUGCAUGUUAUUCUUACCUGCUUUUAUCCUGUUGGUCUAUGGUUUUUACUGUGCUGCUAUUGAAGUUCUCAGGCUCCAGUUUAACGACGAGAGUAAAGGUGUGUAGAUGUGUAUCUUCGCUCUGAGAUCACGGGCUCUGCUUUUCCAUUCUUGCCUCAUUUCCUUGAAGUUGCUUCUUCAGUUCUUCUAAUUAGGUCGCAAGUGAAUGUUGUGUUACAGUUGUAUUGUUUGAAGUGUUUUCUUUUUUCACAUUUCUGAUCAGAGUUGUCUACUGCAGCAUUUCAGAGCAAUGCAAUUUCCUGGUAACUACUUUAAAGUACUUUCAAGAUACAUGUGAAACAGUGAGACCUGUGUUCAUUUCUCCCCUGCCUUAUUUGUCAGUGCAGUUACAGACAAUUCAACUCUCCCUUUGGAGGAACCAUAAAUACAGAUGAGCCGCAUGGGCCAUUACAAGAGAUGAUGCUACAGUUUUUAAACUGAGUGACUUCUCUUCAUCUCUAAUAUUGACCAAGGAGUUGAAUUUUCUAAAAGAUCCUGUAAUGUCACCUGCCUUGUCUGUGAGUCUGUCUUACAAGCGUCUUCUCUUACUCAUUUGGUGUCCGUUCUGUCAAGUUCUCUGUUCUUGGACUCUGCUUCCACACCGUGUUCACCGUUUGUGAAUCCAUUGAUUCACAGGGAGGUUGUUAUCAAAGUUGGCUGUAUUUAACAGAAAACCAA